AAAGCAGCAGGUCGCUGAAAGCAGUCCAACUGUCAGUGACUGCUGUAAACACUUGGUCUCAGUGCUCGCUCUGAAAGAGAAGAGGAGCAGAAGAGGAGGAGGAGGAGAAGUGAAGCUGGAAGGAGACGGCAAACUUGGACAAACUUGUGAUGACCUGAAGCUGACUGGUUGGAGAGGGUUCUAACUUCUUUAAGUUGAUUUUCUCCUGUACCAAGCUUCCCUUUGCCUCAGUGAUGAGAAGGGGCCGUUUCCUCCUGGCUGCAGUCCUCACAGCCAUCUUCUCAGCUGACUUCUACUUCAUCCUGCUGCCCAAGCUGCACAGGAGACAAACAGAGGGGCUCGUCUGCUCCUGUGAGCCCACCGACGGGAACCUCAGCCUCCCCGUGCUGGGAGGACUGGCCACGCCACGGCUCUCCAACUGGACCCUUCCAAGUGUCAUCCCGUCACCCGAGAGCGCUGAUGGAGGCUCAAAGCUGGAGAGGCUGUUCGCUCAUCCUCUGUACAACAUCCAGACUCCAGAUCUGAGGGCGGAGGAGAAGCUGCUGCAGGUGGAGCAGCUGAUGGAGUACUACAAGAAGAAGGUGUCACACUGGGAGAGACAUAAGAACCUUUACAACGAGGCAGCAGCGUUGGCUAACAUCUCUCUGACGGUGCAAGACAUGAAGUUUGACCCUGAUGCCAGCUGGCUCAAGUUCCACUCUGGAAUAAACCGCUACGCCCUGUACCCCCGGGACGAGCCGGCCCUCCGCCAGCUUCUCCAGGACAUGCAGGACAUGCCCAUUGUGGACGCAGAUUACACUCAGGAUGAGAAAGCCCUGAAAGGAGCGUGUGACUGCGCUCAAGUGGUGAAACCCAGCGGGCAUCACCUGAAGCUGGCUUUGAAGCUGCGCAACUUUGGCAAAGCCAUGUUCAAACCAAUGAGGCAGCAGAGAGAAGAAGAGACUCCAGAGGACGUCUUCUACUUUGUGGACUUCCAGAGACACAAUGCAGAGAUUGCAGCGUUUCACCUGGACAGGAUCCUGGACUUUCGAAGGGUCCCUCCAGUAGCCGGCAGGCGAGUGAACGUCACAGGAGAAGUUCUCCAAGUGGCCCACAAUGAAGACCUACGGGCCGUGUUCUUCACCUCACCAGCAAACAACACGUGUUUCUUCGCCAAGUGCCUUUAUGUGUGUAAGACAGAAUACGCCGUGUGUGGGGGUCCAGAUCUGCUGGAGGGCUCAUUGUCUGCCUAUCUGCCGGGCCUCAGCAUCGCUCCUCGCAUCUCCAUCCCCAACCCCUGGACGCGCUCCUACACCUUCACCAGACACCAAGAGUGGGAGGUGAAUCCUUUCUACUGUGACACAGUAAAGAAAACACAUCCCUACAGAUCUGGCAACAGGCUACUCAACAUCAUGGACAUGUCCAUCUUUGACUUUCUAAUAGGUAACAUGGACCGACACCAUUAUGAGACUUUUACCAAAUUUGGAGAUGAAGGGUUUCUUCUCCACUUGGACAAUGCCAGAGGGUUUGGGAAGCACUCUCAUGACGAGAUGUCCAUCUUGGCUCCACUCUCUCAGUGCUGCAUGAUCAAGUAUUCCACCCUCCUGAGACUGCAGCUCCUGGCCCGGUCAGAGUUCAGGCUCAGUGAUGUCAUGAGGGAAUCCCUCUUGACUGACCCUCUGCAGCCAGUCCUGACCGAGCCCCACCUCUUAGCGCUGGACCGCAGGUUACAGAAGGUCCUCCGAAUGGUCCAGCGCUGCGUCUGGAGGCUGGGCAAAGAUGUGGUGAUCACCAAAGACUUUAUUAAACCCACGGUGAAACCUCAGAUGACCACAGAUAUGGACAUGUCCAGGUAACAGAAGACAAUCACUGCUCAGGCCCCAAAUCACCAGCUGAGUCCAAGGAGAGAGCUGCCAUGCACUGGAUUAAUCCGAUUUAUUCUGGUAUACAUGGUGACUGUGGAGAGAUAUUUAAAAAAAUUGAAAAUAAAGUUAUUUUAUGAGA